UUUGGAUCUUUGGCUUCGACUUGACACCUCCGACACAACGACACCUCUCUUUGGCAUCGCCAUUGUUCAAGUCAAUUGGGACAAGUACUGUAGUAAACCGAUCUUCCAAUCAAUCAAAAAAGCCAACACUCUAUCAUCAAUUGAGUUGAAGAAACAUGAAGCGUUCAUCUUCUCUUGUACCACCAGUCUGUUGGACGGUUGCCCUACUGAUCUGGCUGGGCCCGUCUAUCAUUCCCCGCUGCCACGCCAGAUCCUUGGACAAGCCUUAUUUCCUGAAGGGAACUUCCACUAGUAGUUUGUGGACCAGAGGAGGUGGGGGAGGCAACAGCAAGAGUACUAGUAGCGAAUCGUUCAACUUUCACAAGAACAAACCGAUUGUUCCUUCUCCCAAGGAAACGUUGGAUGAUUUGGAAGCCACUGCGAGUGACGAGUACAUUGCGCACAUUAUCGAUCAAGUGUCGUUGAAUUCCACCAUUCGAGGCGACAUUAUCUUGAAAUACAAACCCCACCGACUCUGGUUGUGGAGACGAUGGCACGGGACCAUCUUGCAGAGUUCCUUGUCCAAAAUGUUUGGCAACAUGCUCUUGACAGCCGUCAUUUGUCUCUUACUGGGAAGAGUCUGUGGCUUGAGUACCCAAGAGAACUUGGCCAAUCCCAUGACGUGGAUGCAGGAUUCGUCCUGUAUUUGGAUUGCCCGUCUCAAGGUAUUUGACAAACUAUGGCAUUAUCAAAUGCAACUCACUACCUUUAUAUUGACAUUCUUCCUCACACAAGCAUACACGCUCUGGAGAGACAUGUACGCCACGGGACGCAAAAUACAAGGACGCAUCAGUGAUGUCGGCAUUUUACUCGCGACGCAUGUCGUGCGCGACAAACACAACCAAUUGUCCCCGGAAGCACUUGACUUUCUUCACGAUACCGCCCGCAAUCUACGGCUCUAUCAUGUACUCGUAUGGGCAUCGGUCUCGCGACAAUUCAAGGUCCUCCUCACCAACCGUGGCAUGACGGCAUUGCUGCAACGAGGAGGAUUUAUCACACCCAAAGAACUCGAGACGCUUCGACAAUUGACGGAUUUGCCCGUCACGGCACGACACAAUGCCAUUGUCGAAUGGAUCGUCAUUCGGUCUUUGGAUGCCACCCAACGAGGGAUUCUCCUGGAUCGACAAGAACUCUUUGCAUUAUUAUUGGACAAAAUCGGUGUGUUAAAAGGCACCGCCGCCGGGAUUGGGGACAUUGUCGAUGGACGCAUGCCACUGGCGUACGCCCAUUUUGUCCAGGUUCUCGUCGAUUGCUUUCUCUUUGCCGCACCGCUGGCACUUGUUUCCGAACUCGGAUGGCUCAGUAUCAUUUGUGUCGCAUUCAUGACCUUGUUUUACGAAGGACUCCUCGAUCUUGCCAAGAUUUUCUUGGAUCCACUCAACAAUGAAGAUUAUUGCGAAGGAGGGAUUGAUAUGGAUCUGGGCGUAUUUGUUCGAGAAGCCAAUGCGGGGACGGUAAAGUGGUUGCAUGGUGCCAAAGUGUUGCCGUUUGACACGAAACCUCCCAAACGACGAAAUUGAAAGGUAGCUAUUUUAAAAAUAGUGAGAGUCCUCCAUUGUCAACACAGCAGUCGACAAUGUACCGUAUCGUGGAAACAUCACCAGUACAUGUAGUACAAACAAAACGUUAAGCCAGACAAGGAAUACGUAUAGGAGAAGGCUCAUCGAAAGAUUGCCCUGCUAGCAUUACAUAGCUGCUACUAUCAUCCUCUGUAAAACAUCUUCGUCGGCGUCCCCGGCCCACCUUUACUGCCAAGUCGAGUCGGGAUCAAGCUGUACACUAGCCUGAAGCCUGAAGAUACUGCAGUUGCUGUUUGUCAUUUGUCCUUUCCUUCCGGUCUGGUUCGGUCUUGGUCAUUGCCAGAAUCUGAAUUCAAUCAAUCAAUCAACCUUCUUCGCCGAUCCAAAUUGGCUGUUCUGCCAAAGCAAGUAGGUCAGCAGAAGGUACAUGGGUUGAUCAAUAAAGUCAAAGCUCACAAUGACAUCGUAGAAUCCGACAAAGUAAUAAAACACAAACGUUACAAGUGUGCCAGAGAGCAGGAAUGUCUUGGGUGCAAAGUUGGGGUCGUAGACAAGGUGCAGCCAUUUCGUCCAAAGAGCAAAGGUUGUCACAGUGUCAACACAAUCGUGAAACUCCACACUGACUCCAACGAGAAGAGAGAGGAGCGGAUAAACCAACAUGGAGCUAUCCCAUGGUGUGUUUGUCAGGCGUGUAGCCAUGCAGAAGAAGAAGGCAUGCAUGGCCACUUCAAAGCAUGUUGUAUGGAACAUGUUCAAGGUCCCGUAGGCAAAACAAUAGUGAUUGAUGGAAUGGAGCAGGUCCAAUACAAGAAACACGUUCCCAAGUGGUCUCUCAACCAAGAACCUUGUAAAGACAGGGUUGGAGAGGACCCAAAGAUGCACAAUGACGUUGUUGAAAACAUUCAUUACCAGGAGAGCUUCAUUGUCUUGGAUUAGAGAGCUCUUCUUGAUAGGGGUCUUUUAUGCGCUUCGCUCGUUCUGUUUGCAGAGUAAAGAUUGUGAGAAGAGAGCAUAGAGGACUCCCUUUCAGUUGUCUUGUUGCUGAUCCUUUCUUCGUUACUGGUACGAAUGAUAGACGUAGUCCUGAGCACCGACCUAAGCUCAGCUGCUGGUCGUCAAGACAUGAACAGGCCUAGUAGUGAGUACUGGUGUCACUGUUGCGGAUGUGUGUCUGUGUGUCUGCAUGGUUGUCGCAAUGCUCAAGUCUCAGCCUGUGGGAGUCACCGUGAAGGUGUGCGGGAGUGAACUAGACCUGAAGCAAUAUAAAGACAAAACACGUUAAGGCUUCUGCUACCGCUGAGAGAAUCUGGCAAAUCUUUGUAUCUUUCGCA